GAGAGAGGAGGAAUAAGAGGCUUGGUGUUGUUAAAAUAUUUUAAAUUUUAGCUCCAGGGGACUUUAUAGAGAGGACUGAAGAGAGAAAAGGAGAAAUUUCUCAAAUACGUGACUUCAUUUGUGUACGAUUCACGCUCAUAGACCGGCUUCACAUCUCACAACCGAAACAGUUUUACCUCCCAUUCUGAUCUACAGCUGAUUUUGAUACUUCCGUGGAACACGCGCACACACACACACACACACACACACACACACACACACAGAGUACAUGAUGGCUGCUCUGGAGCUGCACUGUGGUGUGGAUCCUGGAGUGUGUGUGUGGAGUGGAGAGUGUGUGGACUCACUUGACUCCUUCGACUCAGAGAUGCAACAAUGGGAGGAACAACUGCAGGAAGUGCAGAGGAAAAUAGAAGAGUUAUAUAAGGCAGUGGAAGCACGCAGGGGAGCCACUGAGAUCAAGCCAAACUCAAAUGCUCAGCUGGACAUCACCUUACUUCCUGUCAACAACCCCGGUGGUUACCCUAAAAAUGGUUACCAUGGUGGAAAUGGAAACAACAUCCCAGUGCAACACAAGACCUUUAAACAUUUGAGUAAUUACAGUGAUGACACAUGCAGUUAUGGUGUUAAUUAUCAGAAUAAUAGCUUUGUGGGUCCUCAGAGUUGCACCGUUAAUGGUCAGGAUGUGAUGUUAGACAUUCUGGAUGGAUACCUCGGGAUGGAAAGUGGGAGUUUGAGCCAAAGUCGAGAGAAACCAGAUGGUGCUCCAAAUACGAGCUCCAUCCAGAAUCGUAAUGUUUACACUGAUCAGAACAGAAGUAAUGAGUGGCCAGUGACUGGAAGGAUUGACUGUCUGUCACUGGGCGAAUUUGAGGAAGCGCAGAACAGGAAGAAUAAAGACUCAGUUUGGGAUGAACCACGAGUCCGACAUGUCAGCUGGAAAGACCAGGCCACCUCCCCUGAGAAAUCAGUCAGUAAACCUCCAAUGAAGCAGAGAGACAGCCCCCAUGUCCCCGCUCGCCCUGCACACUUUUCGGACUCGCCAAAGUACCCUUUAGUAGACCGGAGGUGUGGCAGCCCAUCUGUUGUGAGAAAAUUUGGUGCCAUGUUGCAAGAAAAUGAAGGGAAAACACUGACUGAGGAUGGAAUUGUAACCACGUUGGUGCCAAAAUUAGUGCCCAAGUCCCCAAAACUUGGUGGAAGCCGGGGAUCAAAGCAUAUGACUGUCAAGGACACCGAAGUGCCUGUAACACUUCAGAACUGGGAACACAGAGGUGCAAGAGUGGAUGUCAAGACCUCCCGUUGGGGGAAGGACAAUUUACAGACUGACUUCAAGAUGGGAGAGAGGAUUUUGGGUAAUUGCUCUACACCAUCACCAAGGAAUACACCAUCACCACACCAGGCAAGCCAUGACUCAUCCCCUACUACACCCAGAAGGAGUUUCUCUCGUCCAUCUCGUCCAGCCAGUCAGCGGCCUCCAUCCCGGUGGGCAAGUCACACCCCAACAGCUACAGUAACCACUCCCAUUGUUCCUCGAUCCCGCUCACUUAGUCCCGCCUGUAAAACUAAGCAGCACUUCAAUAACUACAGUUUCUACACAGAAACCAUGAUCAUGUGAGCAGGAGGGAUGGACAUAGUAAAAUCUUCACCUUUGACCUUUGUCCUUUCAGAUUGUUUCCAUCUUUCAUUUUUUUGUAUCUUUUCACACUUGACUUUAUCUCAAAGUUCUUUGUGUAUUUCACUGUAUACAUACGUCUUGUAUUACAAACCUGAAUUUAAGAAAAACAAAAAUGUACAGAGCUGGGAUCUUCCAAUAAACCCUUACUAAUAAUUUCCUGUAACAGUGCUGAUGUAAAUACAAAAUAUUUUGAAUAUAAAAUAGACAAGUGGCCUGAUGUUCUUCUGUGCCUAUAAACUUCCUUUCAUUUGGACUUGAUCCAUUUCUCCAUUGUUUUCUAUCAUGCCAUAUUUGAAGUUGGGAUUGUUUUUUUAAUUUUUGUUUUUCCUUUUUUCUUAGUUGAUGUUUGAGGGACUGUAAUGUACGUGUAACUAUAUUAUACUUUCAGUAUUAUAAUUUUCUGAUGUAAUAUAAUUGUAAUAUGCACACAACUUCCCAACAUUAAAUGUGCUAUGAAAUGGUGAAGAAACAUCUGGAAUAUUGUUUAAAGUGGACUUGUUACUUAUUUAGAGUAGAAACACUGUUUGUUUUUUCUUAUUUUCAACUCUAGAUAAAGGGCUUUAUCUUAUUAUGGUGUGGUGGACAUAUAGUUUUUCAGCAGUUUAGUUUGUCCUCUUUAAUGAUCUUAAUUCAAAACACUGCAGUUUUUCAAACCAAAACUCUAAUUUUCUUUCCUGACUGCGCUGUGAAC